AUUUAUGUCCCACUGUGUUUCACGUAAAAUUAUUCCUCUUUUCUUAUUUCUUAUUAUUAAAAUUUUUUUAACAGUUUAACAUUUUAACAUUUUAGCAUUACACAUUAUAGUGUCGUGAACAAUUGACGAUGGUAAGAUUACUGACAAAGUUCCUGUUCUUUACUUUUGAAAUCAAAAAGUAAAAAAAUAAGAAAAGAAGAAAAUGUAUGAAUGAAAAUCUGUUAUGAAGUAAUGUUCGCUCAGUAUAGUGAGUGGGAAGAAAAUCGAUCGAAUGCAAUUUACUAUAAUUUUCACAUUUAAUAAUCUAUAAGUGCAAGAAAAAUACACUAUAGAAUUUGAGAUGGAGAAAUAAUAAUGUGAAUAAUAUAUUGAACCGAGGUAUAGACGGAUGAUUCUUCGAGCUUUAUGUGACAGUUAAUAUCUGGUAAGAACGAUGAACGUGUUUGACAAUCAGUAUCGUAUUUAUCGUAUUAUAUUAAAAAUUAUAGGACUGUGGCCAUACGAUAACUCGAUCUACGUUUGGAUUCAGAGAUUAUGCUUAUUAAGCUACUUUUUUGCCAAUAUAAUAUUUCAGAUCGUGUCACUUUUAAGAUCUGAAAUUACAUUACAAAACAGCAUUUUAAUAUUAUCUAUAACCUGUCCACUUGUGCUAUUUUUGUUACGAUAUAUAGGUUCUAUAGCCUGUUUUCCUACAAUAAAAAUUGUAUUCAAGCAUAUACGUACAGAGGAAAAUAUAGUUCAAGAUUCAAUAGAAUCGCAAAUACGAAUGAAAUUGAUCGAUGAUUCGCAUCAUAUAAUCAACAUUUUUUUCUGGAUGACGUACACGACUAUUGUAAUUUUCAUUAUAUAUGUAUCGUAUCCUAUAAUAUUGGAUUUCAUGAUACCUUUGAAUGAAUCUCGUACUCAUUUCAUUUAUUACAUUACAACCUUUUCUCACAAUCAAAGCAUAUAUCUCGAUAUUCUAGACUUCAAUUUUAUGUUUACUGGCAUAUUUGGAUUAUUAUCUGUAGCAUGUUCAGAAUCGAUAACCGGAAUUUAUAGUUACUAUAUAUGCAUAUUGUUGAAAAUUGUGAGCUAUCGAAUACAAAAGAUUAUUAUGUAUUUGGCUAUGUUUAAGCUCUCACCCAAACAAAUUGAUUCGAAACUCAUAGAGCUCUAUCGUGUAGUGGAUAUUCACAAUCAAACUAUCGAACUUAUCGAUUUCAUGCUAAGUACUGCAGGGAUACAUUAUAUAAUAGCUAGUCUCUUAGUUGUGAUCUCAUUGGCUAUAAAUUUGCAUCGACUAGUAAAUGCAACUUUAAUUAAGAAGAACCAAUUAGAAAUGUUAUUCUGUUUCACACUUGUUGCUAUUCACUUGGUGAUUAUAUUUCUCAAUAAUUAUAAUGGUCAAAUAGUCAUGAACAGUAGCCAAGAAUUGUUCGAUGAAUUAUAUAAUUCGAUGUGGUAUUUCAUGCCAUUGAAAGCGCAAAAAAUCUUAUUGUUGAUCAUGUUACAAAGUACAACGAAACAUGCAUUCAACAUCUUAGGUUUGUUCACCCCAUGCUAUGCAGGAUUUUCAACGAUGUUAAGUUCGUCGUUUUCGUAUUUCACUCUGAUGUACUCGAUACAAUAG